GCUGCAGGAAAAUCAGCUAAAAAGGAAAUCAGAAAGCCAGCAAAGACCUCCUUCACGUCACCGUUCACUCCACGAUGGGGCCCGCUUCCGCAGGAAGACAUGCACUUCAUCCUGAAAACCCUGAGGGACAAACUGGUGUCCACGGGUCUUGAGAAGAAAGAGGUCAAAGUGUUUCGGCCGUGGAGGAAAAAGAAAGACCAGAAACCUGCCGCCGCACCAGAACCUGCUCCCCAGGCGAGCCAGGAUUCUCCCAAAAACGGCUGGACAGACGUGUCAGCGAGGAGACAGCUGGCCGUCGGCAUCAACGAGGUCACCAAAGCUCUGGAGAGGAACGAGCUCAAACUGCUGCUCGUGUGCAAGUCCGUCAAGCCCAAACACAUGACGGAUCACCUGAUCGCACUGAGCGCCACGAGAGGCGUGCCGGCCUGCCAGGUCCCCCGGCUCAGCCAGAGCGUGUCGGAGCCGCUGGGGCUGAAAAGUGUCCUCGCUCUGGGGUUCAGACAGUGCGCCUGCAAAGAUGACGAGGUGUUCACUGACACCGUGGACGCCAUCAGACCCAGAGUGCCUUCACUGGAUGUUGCGUGGCUUCAGGGUGGAGCACCCAGUGUGACACCUGAAGGUCCCGCUGAUGUGGAGGAGGAGGAGGAGGAGGAGGAGGAGAAGAGGAAGGGCCAGAAAAGGAAGCUUGAGAGUGAAUCUGAGGAGGUCACAGAGUCGGCCUCCUCCUGCACGCUGCAGCCGCUCAAAGUGAAGAGAAUAGUUGCUAAUCCAGCAAAGAUGCGAAAAGUGAAGGCGAAGGCGAAGACAGUCAAAUGAAAAAGAAGAUGAAGAUACUUAAGGGAUCAUUCCUGUUUUUGUAUGUUUUAGUUUCCUAUUUUUUGGCUUUUGACCACCUAAAGUGAGGCAGUCCUCUUAUGGUGGAAAUGAGAGUGAUUUUUCAUUCAUUGUAUUAUUUUAAGGAUUUCAGAAGCCUAAAGAGCUGAAAAUAUCUAGUAUUUGACCUCGUGACCCUUUAAGUUGGGAUCCACUGUUUUAGGUCACACAUAAGAAUUUGUGGAUGCAUUUUUCGACAUUUUUCGGCAGCCACUGGUUUACAUUCUUGUUUGCAUCAACUUGAAAUCUGCUUGCGAUAAACUACGUUGUCCAUCAGUUAGUUGAGAGAUUUUUCUGAGUUUCAGCUGCUGCUUUUCUUUUGAAAGUUUAAUUUCUGGGCUGUAGUUCAGAAAAAGCAAAUACUUUAAAGAUUUCUCCAUCAGGAUAUUUCACAAGUUAUUUGAUUUCAUAGAAAAAGAAAGUAACUGGACAGAUUCAUAGAUACUGAGAAUAAAUGUUAGUUG